GCUUAUCUGAUUCAGAGUUUUGUUGUGGAAGCGUUGCGAAGGAAUUUGUGUAUUUUUUUUAUGUUUUCUAGAGAUUGAUUUCAAAAGGAUUUCCUAUUUCCUGCUGAGUGUGACGUCACUUGAAAGGCUUCAUUAUCAGUAUUUCUAAAAGACCUUCCACAUAUCGGUUGAAUUCAAGAUGAAUUAUGGCAGAAAAACACCUUCAACAUAUCGGUCGAAUCCCUCGAUGUAUUCCCAUGCAACGGGCAGAUCCUCGACCAAUUUACACUCAAAAAUGUCGCGAUCCACGCGUUCCGUGAGAAUUCCUUGGUACCAGCGACCUCUGCUCAAGAACAAUCAGUAUAUUGAUAUACAAAAAGGUGCCAUGCUUAUUGGAUUAUUUGCCAUUUUUGUUUCCCUUUUCACAAUUGGCACAAGCAUCUUUGACAUCUAUUGCUAUGCCAUGGCUGCGCCUGGAUCGACACAUUAUGGCUACUACAUCAUAUCCUAUGAGUUUGUCUAUGUGGGUAAUAGACAUGUUCGCAACAUGCUGAUUGUAUUUGCCUUGUUCUCGUUGAUUAUGGCUCUUGUGAAUUUUGUGACCAGCGUUUUACUUGUAGUUGCCCUGCGCAAGGAAUACGAACGCAAGGUGAUGCCAUGGCUUUGGUCGUUUGCCAUAUUCACGGUUUGGCGUGCUUUGGCAUUGAUAUUCUUUGCCAUUGUCAAUGAUCUGUAUUUUGCGUACAAUGUUAUUAUGGUCUUGCUGUGGACCGUAUUCUGUUUGGUUUCCAUUUACGGAUGGGCUGUGGUCUACUCACUGUUCCUCGAAUUAGUUGAUCUAACUAAAUUGGAAGAUCUUGCGCAUUUGCGGAUGGGUACUAUGGCCUCAUUGCAUGCUUCAACUGCCAAUUCAUUGGCCGGAUCACGACCCACUACGCCGCACAGCACUGUGUCUACCAUGCCUGUGGGUUAAAAGCAAAGAAGAAAGAAAACCCAAAUAUAUUAUAUGUAGGGUAUUCACAACGAAUGAAGCACAAUUCCGAAGCGAUAACCAUAGAUAAUGAACCGAUUCGUUCUACACAUUCCAUCCACCAGUUUAGUGCCUUAGAGAUGCGAUUUAAUCAUUCGAAUAUACACAUAUAUUUGAUUUAUCAAAUAUUCAACAACUGCAAUCACAAAUUUUAUACACUAUUCUAUACUUUUAUAUAGCGUCUGCAUAAUUUAGUUGAUAAGUUCAUGUUCCGUCCACUUUUUCUUAAUUGUAAUUUAUAUUUGUUGAUGAAUCUCUUGACUUUAUAUACAAAUUGCAUAUCAUGUUCUUUUUUAAAUAUGUAAAGCAAACCAAUUAU